AUGUCUCCUACAGCACUUUUUCCAUAUGCAUUUUUACUUGGGAUUGGACUACAAUAUGUCCAGACAAAAAUCUACACAAACCGCUGGGCGGUUAAAAUAACUGGAGGCCCUGAUGCUGCUGAUCUUAUUGCAGGAAAGUACGGAUUUGCGAACAUGGGCCAGAUUGGUGGGCUAGUGGGCUAUUACCAGUUCCAGCACAGUGGAAUCAUCAAACGGUCCACAAUUAAAAGCAGAGGAAAGCACAAUCUCAUCACCACAGAGAACAAGGUGAAGUGGAUCCAGCAACAGAUGGUUCAGAAGAGAGUAAAAAGAACCGACACAACGGACCAAACCCACGCCACCAGCUUCAAUGACCCUAAAUGGGACAGCAUGUGGUAUAUUCACUGUGAUCACAACUGCUUGACCGACAUGAACAUUCAGGCCGCCUGGCGCAGGGGCUACACUGGGAAAGGGGUUGUUGUUUCCAUUCUGGAUGAUGGUAUAGAAAGACAGCAUCCAGAUCUAAAACAGAACUAUGAUGCACGAGCCAGCUAUGAUGUUAACAGCAAUGAUCCCGAUCCAACACCACGUUAUGAUGCAACCAAUGAAAAUAAACAUGGGACAAGAUGUGCUGGUGUGGUUGCUGCCUCUGCAAACAAUUCCCUCUGCAUUGUCGGAAUUGCCUACAAUGCAAAAAUUGGUGGUGUGCGCAUGCUUGAUGGCGAUAUGACUGAUAUGGUGGAAGCCCAAUCCCUCAGUCUGAAACAGCAGUAUAUUGACAUCUACAGCUCCAGCUGGGGUCCAGAUGAUGAUGGCAGAACAGUAGAUGGCCCCGGCCCUCUUGCAAGGCUCGCUCUGGAAAAUGGCAUCCGCAAAGGCAGAAAGGGCCGUGGCUCCAUCUUUGUGUGGGCAUCAGGAAAUGGUGGGCAGAGUCAAGACCACUGUUCAUGUGACGGUUACACCAACAGCAUUUACACCAUCUCAGUAGGCAGCACCACUCAGAUCGGCCGAAAGCCGUGGUACCUGGAGGAGUGCUCCUCUACUCUGGCCACAACUUACAGCAGUGGAGACAGUCACAGCUUAGGCGUUGUUACAACAGAUUUGAGGCAGAGUUGCACUGAUGAGCACUCCGGCACUUCAGCAUCGGCCCCCAUGGCUGCAGGAAUCAUCGCCCUCACACUGGAGGCAAAUCCAGCUCUGACCUGGAGAGACGUUCAGCACAUUGUGGUGAAAACUUCACGCCCUGGUCACCUGAAUACUUCAGACUGGCAGAGCAAUGGAGCUGGUCAUGAUGUUAGUCACCUUUAUGGAUUUGGUUUGAUGGAUGCUGAAGCCAUGGUGAAGGAAGCAGAGACCUGGAAGCAGGUGCCUCCUCAACACGUGUGUGAGGAAAACACAGUCCAGACUACCAGGAUCAUCAGUGCAGAGAGGGUGCUGAGGUCAGUGUUUAAGUCCUCAGGCUGCUCUUCUCAGCGUCUGCAGCGGGUGGUUUAUCUGGAGCAUGUGGUUGUACGUGUCACAAUCACACAUCCUCACCGUGGAGACCUGUCAAUCACACUGACAUCACCUGCUGGAACCAGAUCUCAGCUUCUCUCAAACAGACCGAAUGACCACUCCAAUGAGGGUUUCCUUAAGUGGGAAUUCAUGACGACUCACUGCUGGGGUGAAAGACCAGCAGGAGACUGGAUCCUGGACAUCAGGGACUCGCCAUCUCCACGAAGAAACAGCCGAUUAGGGAAACUGGUAGAAUGCUCCCUGGUGCUUUAUGGAACAUCCACACAUCCAUACAUUCGACAUGAGCAGCCCCGCUCUGCCCAGCUGCUGCCUGAAGAUGACACCACAGAGGAGUACAAUGGCUCUUGUGACCCAGAAUGUAGUGAGGAUGGUUGUGAAGGACCUGGACCCCAUCAAUGUGUUUCCUGCAUGCACUUUUUCCUAAAGUUAAAAAAUAACACAAGGACCUGUGUGUCCGAGUGUCCAAGCGGGUACUGGGGGGAUAAGAAAAGGUGUAAAAAGUGUUACUCCUCCUGCAAGUCAUGUUUGGGCAGCCGCAGUGAUCAGUGCACAGCCUGUAAAUCUGGAUAUCAUCUGAAUGAGGAAAAGAACAACUGUGUGACCAACUGUGAGGAUGGCUACUAUCUUUACCACGAGGAAAACGUGUGUAGGAAGUGUAAUAAUGAGAACUGUAUGAAAUGCACCUCAGCCUCCAUUUGCACGGAGUGCUCUGAUGGCACAAGUCUGGUGGGGAACAGAUGUCAGAAGAGUUGUGAGGUGGGCCGUUACUACAGUGAGCCAGAGGACUCAUGUGAGCCCUGCCACCCAGCCUGUGCUACAUGUGCUGCUGCAGGUCUAGAGUCAUGUAAUCGCUGUGCUGAAGGCUACUUGAUGGAGAACUGGAGAUGUGUGUCCUCCUGCAGUCAAGGUUUCUACGCUGUACAACCGAACUCUGACAGCACAGACACUCAGAGCACCUGUAAAAGGUGUGAUGCGAGCUGUCUGGCUUGUGUGGGGCCAAGUAAAGAAAACUGCAGUGAGUGUGUAGAUGGACACACACUACUGGACGGUGUGUGUGUUCUCAGCCACAACUGUGUUGAUGGGGAAUAUCAGGAUGAGAGUGGAGAGUGUCAACCAUGUGAUGAGUCCUGUCAUAAAUGUAAAGGUCCAACGAUUGUGGACUGUCUCAGCUGCUCCAACACACAUUGGCUGGAUGAGGGCCGAUGUGUGGUCAGCUGCUCAAAUGGGAAGUACCCAUCCAGUGGACAGUGUCACCUCUGUGAUCACACUUGUGCUCAGUGCGUUGAUGCUGGUCCUGCUAACUGUACCAGCUGUGAUACAGACAAGUUUGGGGUGGACCGGUACCUCUACCGUGGCGAGUGCGUGGAAGUGUGUCCUCAGGCUCAUUUCCACACAGCGCUGAAAGCAUGUGAGCCGUGUCCUUCACACUGCAAACUCUGUUCUUCAGCCACACACUGCAUCAGGUGUGAGGACUCCUUCUACAUCAACGACGGAGUCUGUAAUAAACUGGAGUGUGGUGAAGGGGAGGUAGAAGACCCAGAAUAUGAUGACUGCAUGUCAUGUGAAGAGGGAUGUAAUAAGUGUGUUCUUUAUAAUCCCAAACACUGCCUGUCCUGCAUUGCUGGAUAUUACAAGUUUGAAGAGGGGUGCUAUAAGCACUGUCCUGCUAAGACAUACACAGUGGAGGAGACCAUGAGCUGUGUGUCCUGUGAACAUGAUUGUGUCAGCUGUGAUGAAGAUGAGUGCUACUGGUGUGAAUCUGACCUCUUCCUGUCAGAUGGGAAGUGUGUGCGGGAAUGUCCCGAUGGCUUCUAUAGUGAUGAAGAUUCUCAGGAGUGUGAGGAAUGUCACUCAGACUGCAGGAAAUGCAGUGGGCCGGAGGACAGUGACUGUGACAGCUGCAGCGAUGGAUUUACGCUUGAGAAUGGAGCAUGUGUGCCUGAACAGGAUGUUUGCCCUGCCCAGACAUACCUCACUGAUGAUGGGGAGUGUGAGGACUGUCACUCGUCAUGUGAAUCCUGCUGGGGGGAAACGAAGACUCAAUGCAACACUUGUGUCAAAGGUCGAUAUCUGAAUGCAGAUCAGAUGUGUGUGGUACGAUGCCCGACGGGCGGCUUUGGCAGUAAGGAGAGCGGGCACUGUGAGACUUGCCCUCAAGGAUGUGCCCAGUGCCAGGAUGAGCAGCUCUGCACACGCUGCCAGUCAGCACGUAAAAACCCUCUUUAUUUGCAGGCCGGCCAGUGUGUGCGCAAGUGCACAAGAGGGUAUCCUGUGGGUCAGGUGUGUAAGAGCUGUGCAUCUGGUUGUACAUCCUGUGAGAAGAAUGCAACACACUGUCUGAACUGUGAGGAGACACUACUGCUCCACAAACAUGAGUGUGUGGAGAGAUGUCCGCCCGGACACACAGUGAGGAACGGGGAGUGUGUGCAGUGUCCAGAGAGCUGUGUUAUCUGCUCUGAGGACGGACUCUGUACAGAGUGUAAAGAAGACUUCUUCUUGCAUGCGGGUCAGUGUAUAGUGGCGUGUCCUGAUGGGUUUUUUGAGGACACGGAUCAAGGCAUUUGCGAGCGUUGCCACGCCGAUUGUGAGUUAUGUGAUGGGCCUGAACCAAACAACUGUGAUUCCUGUUCCGACACUGACCGCACACUGCACAAUGGAGCAUGUCUAGCCCCCUGCCCUGCACAUACUUACAAGGAAAGCAGGUCCGGAGAAUGCAUGGCCUGCGACAGUUCCUGUUUAACCUGUUCUGGUCCUCACGACACAUCCUGCACCAGCUGCUCUGAGGGCCUGGCGAUGGAUGCCCACGGGCGCUGCGCUACACCCACCACAUGUCCCUCACACCACUACAGCAACCAGGAUGGAGAAUGUCAUUUGUGUCACAAGUAUUGCCAUGAGUGCUCUGGCCCACAUCAAUACCAGUGCCUCAGCUGCAACCAGAACCACUAUCUACUCAGUGAGUGUGUCCUCAGCACUAACUUUGCCUUCCGUAAUCAUGAAGAAGAGGAAUAUACAGGAAACCUGCCACUCUUCAUCACCGCCUCCAUCCUGCUUGUUUUGGCCUUGAUUGCUGUAAUCAUCCUCAUUAAGCGUUCUCUUUCCAAACGACCCAUGCCUGAGCCUGCUGUCCCGCGUGGGUAUGAAAAACUGGGCAACGGUGGCGGCAGAGACAGCUUCUACAGAGGCACAUCAUCAUCCACCUCUGCCUACGGUGGUCAAGCAAGCUCUAGUUCUGGACGGUUCCGUGAGUCGCAGCUGGUGGACCUCGGUGAUCAGAAGGGGAAUCGGGAUGAUGACGAUGAAGAUGACGAAGAUGAAGAUAUUGUGUACAUGGGACAGGACGGCACUGUGUAUCGCAAAUUCAGAUAUGGGCAGCUGGGAGACGAGCAGGAGGAUGAGUUAGAAUAUGACGAUGAGAGCUACAACUACCGAUAA